UAUGCUGACGCGUCCCUCUUCUCCUCGUACACCGACGUGUCAGUCUUCUUGUGUCCAGAGCUGAGCAGCGCACAGACCGCUCAAUCCGCAGACAUGGCUCCCAAAGGCAGCAACAAGCAGCAGUCAGAGGAAGACCUUCUCCUCCAGGACUUCAGCAGGAACCUCUCAGCCAAGUCCACCGCUCUGUUCUACGGAAACGCACUCAUCGUUUCUGCCAUCCCCAUCUGGCUCUUUUGGAGGAUUUGGCACAUGGACCUUGUCCAGUCUGCAGUUCUGUACGCCGUCAUGACUCUGGUUAGCACCUACCUGGUGGCCUUCGCCUACAAGAACGUCAAGUUUGUUCUCAAACACAAAGUUGCCCAGAAACGCGAGGACGCCGUUUCCAAGGAGGUAACCAGGAAGCUGUCCGAGGCAGACAACCGCAAGAUGUCCCGCAAGGAGAAAGACGAGAGGAUCCUGUGGAAGAAGAAUGAGGUCGCUGACUACGAGGCCACCACCUUCUCCAUCUUCUACAACAACACUCUCUUCCUGGUUCUCGUCAUCGUCGCCUCCUUCUUCCUGCUCAAGAACUUCAACCCCACCGUUAACUACAUUCUGUCCAUCAGUGCCUCCUCAGGACUCAUCGCUCUGCUGUCCACAGGCUCCAAGUAAAGGAGGAAGAACAGAAGGGACAAGGGGGUGGGAUUGGGUCAGGAGUGGGUCAC